ACUUUACAUCGUGUAAAUCGUCUCUAUUGUCUUGAUAAUGAAAAUUAUAAUUUUCGAAACGUCGACUUUAUUUUUAUAAAAACUUUUUAAUUUUAAUUCUUAUUAAAUAAAGAUAAAUCUUAUGACACCCACAGAGAGUGGCAAUAGCUCUUGUUGACACUCUCAGAGAGUGGCAAUAGCCCUUGUUGACACUCUCAGAGAGUGGCAAUAGCUCUUGUUGACACUCUCAGAGAGUGGCAAUAGCGCUACCCUUUUUUUAGUCAGGUAACAAUUCUUAGUGACACUAAAAGAUUUUCUAAAACAGGAUCUGAUAUUAUCCAAUUUUUUUCUUCAGUGCACUUUGUGUUUGUUUUCCAUCUUUUUAACCUAUGGACGUGUUACAAGACAUCGCAUGUUUUUCUAGGUAAAACACCCACUACUACCAAUAAUUUACAAUCAUCGCCAAGAAUAACACAAGCCAUGAAUUUACUAAAUGAAGUUAUGGCAUUAACUACAAUUCCGGCAAAUACUAACGAUGUUAGUUUAGUAAAUGAUGGUGAUAUUCGACAUGAUAUUGGAUUAACAGAAAUAAAGGAUAAUGACUCAGGAUAUGUACAACAGCAAACAACAACACAAGUUCUUAAUCAGUUCGAUUCACCGAGUGAGGUUGAACUGCGUUAA